AUGUCUCCCUGUCCUCCGGGCUGCUGUUGUCCUCACCCAGGACUACUGGUCCUCUGCGAGUCCCUGGGACUGCGGUCUCUCCCUCGCUCUGUCCCCCUGAGCACCUCGGCUCUGUCCGUGGCCAGAAACCAGCUCUGUAACGUGGACCACCUGCUCCGGCGCUUCUCCAGCCUCCAGGAGCUCAGCCUGAGUCACAACCUGUUGGCCCGCUUCCCUCGUGGACUCCCUCCAAGUCUAGAAUCCCUGCAGCUGCAAGAGAACCGUAUCACUUACAUCACCACAGGCGCCUUGAGGCAGCUGGGGAACCUCACCCGCCUGGAUCUGGAGGACAACCGCAUCCGUGCCAUCCAACCCGGGGCACUUGAGGGCCUCCACAAGCUGCAGGUUCUGACGCUGAAAGGGAACAACCUCACAAGGCUUCCUCCGCACCUCCCCGCAUCACUCACUCAUUUAGACGUCUCAGCCAACUGCAUCUCUGCCCUGGACCUGCCCUCGCUGUCCGCCCUCAUCAACUUGCAGGUCCUGAGGAUCAACAGCAACUGCCUGCGCUCAGUCCCAGACAGCGCCUUCGACCGCCUGCCACGUCUCAGAUCUGUGGACCUCUCCAACAACCUCUGGGUGUGCGAGUGUGACAUUCUGUAUCUUUACCGCUGGAUACUGAACGGCAGGUUGAAGAUGGCGACAGACCUGGUGUGCAAUGAGCCCGUCCAUCUAGCUCAUCGUCUGCUCCUGAACCUCUCCGUCAUGACCAUAUGUCCUCAUGUCCUGAAGCCAAAUGAGAGAACACACCAACUGGACACGGUGACAGUGACGCCAACAGAUAAAAGCUGGUUUAAGAAGACUUUGGCAGAGCAAAUAUCAAAAAACACCGCCGCUCCAGUCGUUUCAAAAGACUUACCUGAAAGCCGUGUAUUAUCUGAACACUACGCAUUAGAGCUCUUCAUCUAUGAAGAUUGUUUAACCCUAAAUCAAACACAGUCUGUGAGUCCGUCCCAUUUAAAAACGGUUACAUCUCCUCGUGACGUGGAAGAGAAACGCAGAGACAACAUCACAGGUCGGUACCCGCAGAGUAACGUCACCUCUGCUGAAGAGACUCACUCUGUGCUGUUUACAAACAGAGACGCGUCCAGACCCACGUCUGAGCCACGACUGCUGACACAGCAAAACUCCUCUGUGGUCAUCGCUCUGCUCGCGCUGCUGUGUGUACUCGUAGCUCUCUUGAUGCUGGCAGUGCUGCUGGUACUGAAACAGGUUCUGCGACGCCGACAGAGAGUGGCGCCGCUCGAUGCGGGAUCUGGAGGAUGA